AUGUUUGAUCCAUUAUAUCAGCUAUCUCAACAACUACAGCAAGAAAGAAUCAAUAAUAAUAAUAAUAACAACAACAACACAGGAGGAAGAGAAAGAGGAGGAUUGCUAGAUUUGAUUCAUCCUCCUUCAAGAUCAAAUACACAAAACGAAUCAUCAUCAUCUCCAACAACAACAUCUACUUCAACAACAACAACUACCUCAACAACAAAUACAAUACUAACAAUACACAAACCAGAAGAUGAACUGGUCAAAGGAACACAAAAGAAUAAUAGAGAUACCGAUCUAUUAAGAGAACAAUUGGAUAAUUGGAGACAAGACUUUUACCAAGAUUUAGAGUACAAGGACAAUUGCAAUAGCAGCAAGAGAUCAACUUCAAAACAACAAAAUACAAGAGGAGGACUAUCAUCAACAAACAACAACAACAAUUCAACAACUAUAGAUAGUGAACAGAAUUUGACAACAACUGAAUCAUCGAAUCAAAUCUAUUUUAUCGAUUCAAAAGGUCAGAGAACACUUCAUCCAUUGGGUUCAGAUUUGUUAAAGAGACGUGUCAAGCAAUGGCAAAUAGAUAUUCAUUCAGAUGUAGAAGAGUCGGCUGUGCAAUUCACAAAUGCACUCCCAGAGAGAGUACAACUCUUUCAUCGACAAUCCAACAACAACCAACCACUCUUUCUUUCACCAAGUUUGGAUGUUACACCUACUAGUAGUGGAAUUGGACAACUGUACAACUACUAUCAUAAUACACCAACCAAAUUAUCACCAUCAACUGUAUCAUCUCCUCAAAUACUAUUGUCUCCUUCAUCUCAACAUUCACAACAUUCACAACAACAACAACAACAACAACAAGUUGGAUCAUUAUCACCAAACCUGGUAACUACUAAUAACAAUAAUAAUAAUAAUAAUGAUGAUGAUGAUUCAUAUGAAAUUAAUAGUAAUAUAAAUAAUAAUAAUAAUAAUAAUAAUAAUAAUAAUAAUAAUAAUAAUAAUAAUAAUAAUAAUAAUAAUAAUAAUAAUAAUAAUAAUAAUAAUAAUAAUAAUAAAUUAAAUCAAUCGACUACAGAAGAUUUAGAAAGUAAUUUCCAGUCUUGGAGAAUACUAUUUAAUGAAAAGAUGGAUCAAAAAAUGCUAACUCUCUCAUUUAUACACACAUUAUUGCUAAUGAAUCAACAACAACAACAACAACAACAUAUAAAACAAGAUGAAGAAGAACAAAAGAGAUUUAUAAUCAUUAUAGAUAAUAUAUACGAUAGAAUACAAAAGAGUUUAACAGAAUGUGAUCUGAUGAUAUCAUUGUUUUACACAUCUGCAUCAUCACAAAGAAGAACAGCGGUUUGUGAACCAUUUCCUUUUCGAUUCAAGGAUACUGUCACACUGAACAAACAGUUUGAUCGAUUAUUAGAAGCUCUCAACCACAUCCCUCACUUGCAAUCAAUAAAGAAUGAUAAACAACUAUUGCAUCGAUUACCAUCAGACACUAUCUACUUGAUCGAUUAUAUCAUCAAUUCAAAAUACCCUUUUCAAGUUAAAUCACUAGAUUAUAAUACUUUUGUAAAUAGAACACAUUAUUUAAAAGAUGUACUUAGCCAUCUACAAACAAGUCAAUUACCAAAUCAAGUAUUUGAAUUGAUUUAUGAUCAAGUACAUGACUCUCAACAACAACACGAUGAUCCUUCCUCAUCUUCAUCAUCAUCCACAUUACCAACAAAAAGAGAAAUAAUUGAAUCAUCAUAUCUUAAAACCAAAUGUAAAGAAUAUGAUCAAAUGGCAAACAAGAAUGGUGAAUUGUUUGGUUAUCAUGGUAGUUCUAAUGACAGUUGGAAUAGUAUUAUCAAAGGUAUGGGAUUUGCCGAUAAAUACAUAUCAUCUGAAUGUAUCUUUGGACCAGGAUUCUAUUUUUCAAAUGAUAGUAAUGUCUCUCACUCUUUUGUAAAGACUGGUGCUUGGUGGAAGAAUUCAAUGAUGGGUGAUAGAGUUGGUUGUCUAUCAGCUUGUACAAUAUUAAAUACUCAACAUACAUCAAGAGGAUUAAAAGUUCAUCUUGAACCUAAUUCAAUAUCAUCCUCUUCUUCUUCUUCUUCUUCUUCUUUUAGUUCAACACCACCAAUACCAUAUCAUCAUAAUGAUAAUGAUAGAAAACUACCAGAUCAUUAUAUACUUUAUUCCUCUUCUGUUUUAACAACACCAACUAUUAUAAAGAAUACUACUAUUUCAACUAAUGCUACGACUACUACUACAACGACACCAUCAACAAGAUCAAGUAUCACAACAUCUAAUAAUAAUAAUAAUAAUAUUAAUAACCGCACCAAUGAAUGGAUUUGUAAUAAUAAUAAUAAUAGUAGCAUUAAUAAUGGCAGGCAUUUAAUUAAAUCGAUUGAUCAAAAAUAA